UAUGCAUACUUGGUCACACUGUUCUACAUUCGAGGAGGCGAAAAGCGAAAAACUGCGUAUGAAAUAAAAACAGUGUGGUUUCCUCGGAACGCAACAGAAAAAUCUUUUCCGUGUGGUCAGUGAAAACUGGGAAAAUCUGCAAUAGAUCGCUUGUGUUGAACGGGGCAUUGGGCAAUCGCAGUCGGCAAAACGCUCCGCUCGGACAAGAAAAAAAAAAAAAAACAGCUGUGGCGGUGGAAAGGGGACCAGAAAAGUAUAUCCACAAAGUGCGAAAGGUCAGCAGAAAAGCAGACGAGAGACGGCAAGGAGCGUAAAAUAAAUAUUCUCUGUUCUGUCGCCCUGUGAGUGUUUUUGUUGUGUGUGUGUGAGUGCGAGUGUGUGUCGUGUCGGUGUGUGGCUGUGUGUGUCUCUAGCUGUCACUUUCUGGCGCGCACACAAGAUAUACACAAAUUAAAAACGGUGGCCACCAACACACACCGCCCCCCCUCCGGCCAGACCCCCUCGUCUCCUUCGCCUUGAUGUGCUGCACGCCCGGUUCCGGUGCCGUUGCCGUUGCCAUUUGGUUCCCGUUGUCCCACCAACGCAGCGCAUUAAGUGCAUCCAGCUCCAGUGCGGCGGCCGUGUGAGAGAGCGAGCGAGCAACAGCCAGGAGAAGGAGCAGCCAGGGAGCUCGUUGCCGGUACCGUUGUACAGGCGAUCAAAUCGAUCAGCAGCAAGCAGCAGGAGCAGCAACCCGGAGCAGGAAGGAGGUAGCAUUCCAGUUCCAGGAGCCCCGCCAGGAACCGAGCCGAGCACCGCCCCCUCUUCCCCCACCCCGCCGACGACAUCCUGAGAUGUUGCCAUUCACACCGCAGGUGGUCAAGCGUUUGUUAGCACUCAAAAAGGGCAGCGAGGACAACAGCGUCGAGGGCAAGUGGUCGGAGAAGGCCGUUAAGAAUCUGGUGAAGAAAAUCAAAAAGAACUCGCAGCUGGAGGAGCUAGAGCGGGCCAUCUCCACACAAAACUGCCAGACGCGGUGCGUGACGGUGCCGCGCAGCAAGCCAGCUCCCGCCGGCGAGCAUCUGCGCAAGGGUCUGCCGCACGUCAUCUACUGCCGCCUCUGGCGCUGGCCAGAUCUUCAAUCUCAAAAUGAACUAAAGCCCCUGGAUCACUGCGAAUACGCCUUCCAUUUGCGCAAGGAGGAAAUCUGCAUUAAUCCGUAUCACUACAAAAAGAUCGAGCUGUCCAUUCUGGUGCCCAAGUCUUUGCCCACGCCGCCCGACUCCAUUGUGGACUAUCCCCUGGACAAUCAUACACACCAGAUACCCAACAACACCGACUACAAUGCUGCGAUAAUCCGCAGCGCAUCGCUCAGUCCGCCGCAGUACAUGGAAUUGGGCGGCAGUGGUCAAGGACCCGUCUCCGUUUCAUCCGCCGGCUCAACGCCUGCCUCGGCCAGUGGUAGCGGUGCCUCCGCCUCUGCCUCAUCGUCAUCGCCAUCAGCCGCCUCCUCUUAUCAACAGCAACAGCAACAGUUGUCCUUUGGCCAGAACAUGGAUUCACAAUCGAGCGUGCUAAGUGUGGGUAGCAGUAUUCCCAACACGGGCACCCCGCCACCCGGCUAUAUGAGCGAGGAUGGCGAUCCCAUUGAUCCCAAUGACAACAUGAAUAUGUCACGUUUAACGCCGCCCGCCGAUGCAGCACCGGUGAUGUACCAUGAGCCGGCCUUCUGGUGCUCCAUCUCCUAUUACGAGCUGAAUACGCGUGUCGGCGAGACCUUCCAUGCCUCGCAGCCCUCGAUCACGGUGGACGGCUUCACCGAUCCAUCCAAUUCGGAGCGCUUUUGCCUGGGCCUCCUCUCCAAUGUCAAUCGCAAUGAGGUGGUCGAACAGACGCGCCGUCAUAUCGGCAAGGGUGUCCGGCUCUACUAUAUUGGCGGCGAGGUCUUUGCCGAAUGCCUCAGUGACUCGUCCAUAUUCGUUCAGAGCCCCAAUUGCAAUCAGCGCUAUGGAUGGCAUCCGGCCACCGUCUGCAAGAUCCCGCCCGGUUGCAAUCUAAAGAUCUUCAAUAAUCAGGAGUUUGCCGCCCUGCUGUCGCAGUCGGUGUCGCAGGGAUUUGAGGCUGUCUACCAGCUAACCCGCAUGUGCACCAUUCGCAUGUCGUUUGUCAAGGGCUGGGGAGCCGAGUAUCGCCGCCAGACGGUUACCUCGACGCCCUGUUGGAUUGAGCUGCACCUGAAUGGGCCGCUUCAGUGGCUGGACAGGGUCCUCACGCAGAUGGGUUCGCCGCGGCUUCCAUGCAGCUCGAUGUCGUAAGGAGGAUUUGGAUUUGGAUUUGGAUUUUUAAGGAAAAGAAAGAAAGAAUCCCUGUUUUUUUUUUUGGAUUUUCAAAGAAAGAAAAGCGGAAGAUAGAAAUCCCUAAAAAACAAAAUCAUGGUUGGGCUAGCAAGUAACACUGAAGAAGGAGGAAUAUUCUAUGGGUCAGGUCCCCGAUGAUUCGUAGUUUCUAGUAGUAUUAGUGGAAACUAAGUUGUAUGUAUGUAUGUAUGUUUUAAAGAAAACAUUCUUAAAUGUUUUUCAAUUUUCAACCAAAAUCCGAACUAACUUACGUUUA